AAUAAAUAACAUUAGGCAAUAGGUAUGAUUAACUGUUUUAUUAGCAUUAUUUUAAAUAAUACCUUUAUUAUGAGUGACUAUAUUGUAUUACAAAUCAUUGGCGGUACAAUAUCUAGAAAUUUAAUGAUCUUAAUUUAGUACUACUUACUAAUAUUUAUCUAUUAGAAGUAUUUUAAACGCAACAAACAAUAAUAUUCUGUAAUAUGUACCUAUACUUUGAAUGAGCAAAAUUAAUGUAAUAAAUAUUUUAUUGCAUAUGCGGUUUGGAAUGUCGUUUGGGACGCGACUGUUGUACCUUGGAAGUGGUGAUGUAGGUUUAUUUAUUUAAUUAUUCUUUAACUUGUAUUGUAAGUAAAAGUAAGUGAAUAUAUUUUUCAAUAUAAAUAUGGUUUCUCUGGGCGAAGAUCUUAUCCGUAAUUUGACGGUAAAAAGUUGUACGCCUAUUGUGUUUCGAAAAUUCGUUAAUGAUUGGCCUAUGUGUGGAUGGAGUCAGGAAAAAUGGAUAUCAGUAUUUGGCAAUAAGGAAAUACCAUUUCGUUGCUUGAGAAAAAAUGUUGUUAGUGAUGAACCAUGUUGGGAGAGAUGCUGUAAGAUAAGGAACAUGACAUUCAAGAAUUUUGUUGAAAAUUCUAUGACCAGCGAUGAGUGGAUGUACUUUGAUUACAAAUACCUUCAUCAGUGGUUUAGUGGAGAUAGUGAACUAAGUAAGGAAAUAUCAUGGAAACAGUUUGGGUAUCCCGAUAAAGGGGCAUCUGAAUCAACCCUCUGGGUUGGCAGCAAAGGGGCUCACACACCAGCUCACCAAGACACCUACGGUUAUAACAUUGUUGCACAAGUAUAUGGAAAGAAGAGGUGGAUUCUUUUUCCUCCUGAAACAGGUGGUCUUAAACCCACGAGGGUACCAUAUGAAGAAUCCAGUGUUUACAGUGAAUUAAACUUCUACUGCCCUAGUAAUUUGGAUGUUUUUAAUGGCUUAACCGGGGGACGUAUGGUUGAACUGGCUGCAGGAGAUGCACUGUUAGUGCCCAGAGGCUGGUGGCACUAUGUGCAAAACAUUGAUCCUUUAAAUAUUACUUUUAAUAUUUGGUUGCCACAUGAAAAAGACAGUUCAUCACAUGUAUCGGAAGCUCUGAUUAAAAUAUUUGUUGCUCAAAUAUGCAAGGAUCUUCCUCAGGAGACUGCAAGACUAUUGGUCAAUCCUAAUGAGGAUGAUAUUUCGGACACACCAUUAGCAGUAUUAUUCUUGCAAUUAGAAUCUGUCGUGAAUACAUAUUUGGAUAAGAAGCGUAAAGCGCGCCGAGUGAAACGACAGCGGACGCGGGAUGACCCUCCAAGUUCCGACGUAGAAGAAGCUGAUCUCAAACGUAUAUUAGAAAAUCAAACGAAUAAUAUUCAAUUCGUUCCGGCUAUAACGAGCAAUGAUAUCAUCGAAAUAAUAAAAGGUAAUUUAAAAGAAUACAUCGCUGAAGAUAAAGCGCAUGACGAGGACGAAGUAGAGGGCGCCACGAGCAAUCUAUGUCUAACAAAGGCUGUGAUUGAUGCGUUCAGCCAAAGUAACGUCAUUGAUCUCGUUAAGCAGAAUCUCUUUGUUAAGUUAGGCUAGUAUUUGCGUUAAAAGCGCCAUAUGUUUGUUAUAACGCCAUAUCUAUGUGACGCAUAGCAAAAUGAUUAAAUUAUAUUUCUUAGAAUUUCUAAAUAAGGUAUAUAUAAACAAGGUGUUUAUUUGCUUACUAGAGAAUAUUUGUUACAUUAUUUGUUUUUGUUUAUAUUGUUAUAUUUCCAAAUUUAUAUUUUUCUUGUCUUUGGAUGUUAUUUAUUAGAUUUCAUCGGUGAUAUAAUGUGCCUUAAAAAUAAUAACUUACUUUAAAUCUUCUAUAAUACUGUUUUAUUUGAAGUUUAUGUAUGUAUUCACGAUUUUUCAUUUAUGAUUAGACUUUGAUCUACAGACUAAUAAGGAAACAGCGUUUGUCAUUGGUUUACUACUUACUUACUUUUAUUUAUGUAACAGUUUUCUACUGAAAAUGUCAGAGAUAAACACAAAAUAAAAUUGUGAACGCACCAUCA